ACCCACGUAUCAAACAUGUCUGACGAAAGAACUUUCAUUGCCAUCAAGCCAGAUGGUGUCCAAAGAGGAUUGAUCUCCUCCAUCAUCGGUAGAUUCGAAAACAGAGGCUUCAAGUUGGUUGGAAUCAAAUUGGUCCAACCCACCGAAUCCUUGUUGAGAACUCACUACGACGACUUGCAAUCAAAGCCAUUUUUCCCAUCUUUGUUGUCCUACAUGUUGUCUGGCCCCAUCUUGGCCACUGUCUGGGAAGGUAAAGACGUUGUCAAGCAGGGAAGAGUCAUCUUGGGUGCCACCAACCCAUUGGCUUCUGCUCCUGGUACCAUUAGAGGAGACUUUGCCAUUGACAUGGGAAGAAACGUGUGCCACGGUUCCGACUCUGUUGAGAGCGCCAAGAAGGAAAUUGACUUGUGGUUCAAGAAGGAUGAGUUGGUUGAAUACAAGCACGCCUUGCUUUCUUGGAUCUACGAGUAGAUAUGUUUAUAGUCAAUAAGCACAUUUAUUUGUAC